UCGAAUCUGAUGGCAUCUUGCACCUUACUGGGAGACGCAAUCUAUGUAUGCGGCGGCGUCAGACUAACAACAACCCCGGUUACACCGUUUCUUUGUUAUCUGGUCUAUUAAUUUCGGAGUUGAACGUCCGUAGUGGGCUGCUUUAAAGGGGAUUCAGGAGGGAUGGGACGACCGCAACCUGUCAAGGAAAUGGUUCGCAUCAAAGAUCUUGUCUGAACGGCGAGGAUCAUCACCUCGUUGACCAACAUCAAACUCCGUGACUGUAUUAUUUCACUUGAAUUCUCCUCAUAUCAAUCUUCCAGCAUGUCGGAUGGCCCUGGUCUGCUGGCUUUAAGCCCGCUCGACCACAUCCCGGCGAAGCUCUUCCUGCCGUAUAUCCUGUACUUCGACACGACCGACACGCAGACAGCCCUCUCCACCCUCCAGAAAGGAAUUGACAGGUUGAUUUCAGAAUUGCCCUGGCUCGCCGGAGAUGUGGUUCUCUAUAGUGUGCCAGACGGGCCCAAGAACCGAAUGCAUAUUGCGCCCCCACGUGUUCCUCUUUCUGAUGUCCCUAUGCUGAAGACCAAGCACUUUGACGGCGAUGCAGACUCUCAUUCUCACCCGAUCCAGUCCUAUCUGCCUCUGCCCACAUUUAUCCCAGCCUCCCAACAGCGUCCUGUUCUUCGCUUUCAGGCAAAUGUAUUUCAUAGCAGGAUCAUUGUGGCCAUGUCCUUCUGGCACAGCGUCUUUGAUGGUACCGGGCCGGUGUGAUCCUGGAAGCAGUCGCCGAGUGCUGCAAGUCAACCAACGAAGAAAUCACAACCAGCCUCGCGCAGACUAUCGCGAAGACCCAUGAUGAUCUCCGGAAGGAAGUCGCAAAAUUUCCAUCUAAAUGUGUGAAGCGCCUCGACCACAGCAUUGAGUUGGGAACGCCUGUUUUUGAUCCCAACAUUUCCACUGAGCAAUGGAAUGCAAUGGAAUCUGCCUUGUCCUCUAUGGUCGAGACAAAGCGAUACACCUUCAGCUCCGAGAAAGUAGCCAAGGUGAAGGACAUUUGUACUCAACUCAUGCCUCAGUUGCAGUCCUCAAAGUGGAUCUCUAGCAACGAUGUUAUUACUGCAACACUGGCCAUCUGUGUC